CUUUCGCCUAUCUGGAUAUUUCUUCUGUCGUCCCUUGUCUUCUUUUUUUCUUUUAAGGUGGAAGCAAAAUAAAAUACAUCUUUGAAAUGGAUGCUUCUUCUCUCUUCAGCUGGUCUCGUAAUCCGAAGGCGCCCCUGGGUUACUAAAAGGGUGAUGUCUACUUGGGAUUGUGAGAAACUCCCGCCACGGGUUGGGCAGAAUCCCGAUGUCGUGGGUGCCGGUACUUUGAUUGCGUUCGGCGGAUCCGCCUGUAUCUCUAUCGCGGCGUUAUUGCUGCAGUAUUUGUGCUUCUUCAACACUCGGGAGGAUGGCCGGCCAUGCGCGAACCCGAUUGAUGUCCUCUUCUUGGAGGAAAUCCGGAAGCCGUUUGGGCUUUUGGGGAUGGGGCUGCAGUGGCUUGCCAAGCCCAAGCUGCGAGAUGCGCUUGAUCAAUGUGUCCUGAUCAUGGGUGACGUUCAGCUCUGCUUGGGAUUUGCAGUUCUUAUAUACGCUUACAUGUCCCUGGCUGGUGCAUUGUCAGUGUAUCAAUGGUGGCUCAUCGUCGGCCUGGUAUGGUUCUCGGUCGUCACGAAUCUGUCAGCCAUAUUAUGUCUGCGCGUCUACUACACCCAAAACCCCGGCCAGCGAACAUGGAGGCUGUGUCUCCUCUUCUGUCUGGUUGCUAUUCUCGGGAUUUCCAUGGUGCCAACAUCGACAGUGAAGGACCUCCUCGCCACCGAGAAGGGGAACUCCAAGGAAAUACUUGCCGCCAACGUCCUCUGCUUCUUCCCCCAUCACGACCUCCGCUUUGAAACGAACUCUACACCCGCUUUACGGUCCCUCCUCGUCGCCCUUGUCGUUAUAGUCUUUUUGACCACAGUGUUGAAGCUUUGCGAAAGACCAGGCAGCACCUUGUUCAAGUGGCGUGAUUACUACCAAGGGGCAAUGGAGACUUCACUACUAAGCGAAACGGGCUUGGUGGCCUGCAUUCGUUGCGAACAGCGGUACAUCCUUUUUGUCGUCCGUCCCGCUUUGGGCUUUUGGCUGGUGCUGCGUAUGUACGCCGACCUCAUUAACUCAGCUCUAGCUGGAGUCUUCUGUGUCAUGGCUUUGUUCACUUGGAUCCUGCUGCGAUUCAUUCAGAUCUCCCAUCUCGGAGGCUUCGAAGUCAUGAGUUGGACCUUUGGUCAGAUUCUCGUUCUUGUCCUUCUUGCAGCGCCUCUUGGGCCGCUCCUGAACUACUUGUGUAGAGCUCGAGACCCCAAACCCACUCCCACGAGUGAGACGAGGGCUCGCUCAACACGUCUUUGGAUUUUCCCGCCACUGAGAACACCAACGUUGCUUAAGCAGUUAUGGUUGAAAUUGAAAAGGGGGCCAGCGGAAAGCCAAAUUGAAGCGGGUCACCAGGACGAUGCACUUGCUUCUACUCCGCUCCUCGCAUCCAGUGCGGAACAAUCCACUGCAGUGCAAGGCGCAUCUACAGCGGAAAGCGUAUCUACAGCGGAAAGCGUAGCUACAGCAGAAAGAGUAGCUACAGCGGAAUGCGUAGCUACAGCGGAAGUCGUAGCUACAGUGGAAAGCGUGGCACAGAAGAACGCAAAACUCAAUGACCAGGGCUUUUUGGAGGGCUACAAGGAUGCUUAUCCAAUCAUGCCGUCGACUGGAUUCCUUCUCGGGUUACCCCUGGCAGGCUUCUGCAGUCUCCUUCAUCUGGCGAUACUGUUUACUCUACCAAACGUAGCUCAACGCUCCCCAGCAGAGGUGCUCGAGCAGACCAUCUUCUGGUACGUCAUCUACACCCCGCUUCUGAUCCUGGCCUUCCUCUUAUCUGGAAUGAUCAUCGAGGAACGAGUCAUGAUAAAGCGACGCGUGGGCAUCACUUACACGAGCAUCGGUCUUGGUUUUGUUAUCCUAUCUGCUGCUGCCAUUGGGGACACUUUGUUCGGCUUGGGCGGCAGCCCCAUGUCGUACAUCGGCAUGGCGGCGCUUGCUCUCUUCGACCUAGUCUAUCUAUUCUAUGGGCUUGUGGCCAUGCCAGGAGCUUUGGUUAAAGGUAAGGGCCGCUGCAACCUGAGAGGCGGUGAUGUUGAAGAGGGGACUGCUCUUCUUGGCCCUUCGCGGCCUGAGAUCCGGAUCCCGGUGCGGAAGCCGAAGCGGUGGCAUGGUCCUUCGAAAAGAUACCGGGGACCACCGAAACCUAAAAAUUACGGCACGAUUUCAGGCCCGAGUCAGCAGUCACAACGCCCUUGAUCUUCUGGGGUGAGUGGAGCGCAAAGUGGCGUGGUGGAUAUCUCUUUUGUCUGCAUUAUACGGAGUAUCUCAAACUGUGGCGGAGUACGAAGCGAUGAUUUAUGUUAUUUAUGGACAAGGAGGAAUAUGUUUUUAUUGUUUGGGAAUUUGGCGAAGAGGGCUCUCAUUCGUUUGGACUAUGAAAGAGUACGAAUCAAUGAAUCAUGUUGAAUGUGUACUUGUUUGGAACGAUUCGUUAAGAGAUUAGAACAUGCUGGCAUCGUAUUUCUGCUCUGCUCGCUAUUGAAAUAAGUCCAUCAAAAGUGUUCAAUAUG